CUAAGCGGGAGAGCUAGAGAGGCGGAGAGGAGCGCACGCGGAGGAGCCACCAUCUGCCUAGCUCUGUAUUAAUAGAUCGAUCGCAGGAGGGGCUGAGCCUGGCCUCGCUGGAGGAGAGAGGGAGGCCAGCCGCGACAGCAGCCUUUGAUCCCGACGCCUUUCUCUCUGUGUGUGUGUGUGUGCAGCAAGCAGCCGAGCCAGUCCCGGGUAGGCAAGAGUUAAAAGCCAUAAACCCACGUAAGCGCUCGUUUGCUCUCGCUCGCUCUCUGUCUCUCCUGUUGGGAAGACGGCGGCGCCCUCUCGGCUGUCAGCUGCAUCGGAGAGGCAGGCAGCUCGCCUCCUCGGACACCGGCUCCCCGGCGCGACUUUUUCCCAGAGGUCGGGCUGGCGCGAUUCGGUGGCUGAAGUUGCAGGGAGCUGAGAGGGUGGUGGCCGAGGAGGAGGAGACUUUGCUCGGUGUGCCAGCCACCUUUCGGCGGAUGAGCCGGAGGAGACUGUGAAAGGAGGGCAUCUUGGAAGUGCAAGCCGGGCUUUGUGCUGCCUGCCUGCCUGCCUGCCCUCGGUUCUUUCAGUCCUUAGAGCUGCGCGCCAAGGGCACGAUCCGCCGCCAGCAUGUUGGACCCGUCGUCCAGCGAGGAAGAAUCCGAUGAGAUCGUGGAAGAGGAGAGCAGCAAGGAGGUGCUGGCCCCGGCGGCUUCUGGGGCACGGCUUUCGCCGAGCCGGACCAGCGAGAGCUCGGGGGGCGGCGGGGGCUUGCAGCCCACCAGCCGGAGCGGCAGCAGCGUCCGGCCUUCCAGCCCCAGCCCCUCGGUGGUGAGCGAGAAGGAGAAGGAAGAGAUCGAGCGGCUGCAGAAGGAGGAAGAGGAGCGCAAAAAGAAGCUGCAGCUGUACGUUUUCGUCAUGAGGUGCAUCGCCUACCCCUUCAACGCCAAGCAGCCCACCGACAUGGCUCGGAGGCAGCAGAAGAUAAGUAAACAGAACCUCCAAACCGUCAAGGAUCGCUUCCAAGCCUUCCUCAAUGGAGAAACUCAGAUUGUAGCAGAUGAAGCUUUCAUGAAUGCCGUCCAGAGCUAUUACGAGGUGUUUCUGAAAAGUGACCGUGUUGCCAGAAUGGUUCAGAGUGGUGGCUUCUCGGCUAACGACUCUCGGGAAGUCUUCAAGAAACAUAUUGAAAAGAGGGUCCGAAGUCUCCCCGAGAUCGAUGGCCUCAGCAAGGAGACUGUUCUGAGUUCCUGGAUGGCAAAAUUCGAUGCGAUCUAUCGCGGUGAAGAGGAUCCUCGCAAAGCACAAGCCAGGAUGACCGCGAGUGCUGCUUCGGAGCUGAUUCUCAGCAAGGAACAACUGUAUGAGAUGUUCCAGAACAUCUUGGGUAUCAAGAAAUUUGAGCACCAGCUUCUGUACAAUGCAUGUCAGCUGGACAAUCCAGACGAACAAGCAGCACAAAUUAGGCGGGAGCUCGAUGGACGUCUCCAAAUGGCAGAUCAGAUCGCCAAGGAGCGCAAAUUUCCUAAAUUUGUAUCCAAAGAAAUGGAAAACAUGUUCAUUGAGGAACUGAAGUCAUCGGUCAAUUUGCUAAUGGCAAACCUGGAAAGCAUGCCAGUGUCCAAAGGUGGCUCCGAGUUCAAGUUACAAAAACUAAAACGAAGCCACAACACCUCCAUCAUCGACCUGGGAGAAGAAAAUGAAAACCAGCUCUCAAAGUCAGACGUGGUGUUGUCUUUUUCCCUGGAGGUUGUCAUCAUGGAAGUCCAAGGUCUCAAAUCCUUAGCACCCAACCGCAUUGUAUAUUGCACAAUGGAAGUGGAGGGGGGAGAAAAGCUACAGACAGAUCAAGCUGAGGCAUCAAAGCCAACAUGGGGGACUCAAGGUGACUUUAACACGACGCACGCCCUUCCCGCAGUGAAGGUGAAGCUGUUUACCGAGAGCACCGGUGUGCUGGCUUUAGAAGACAAAGAACUCGGGCGGGUCGUUCUUCAUCCUACACCCAACAGCCCCAAGCAAUCAGAGUGGCACAACAUGGCUGUUUCCAAAAACUGCCCUGAUCAGAACCUGAAAAUCAAACUUGCAGUCCGAAUGGAUAAACCUCAAAACAUGAAGCACUCUGGAUAUUUGUGGGCCAUUGGCAAAAAUGUCUGGAAGAGAUGGAAGAAAAGGUUCUUUGUGCUGGUCCAGGUUAGCCAAUAUACAUUUGCCAUGUGCAGUUACCGAGAGAAAAAAGCUGAGCCCCAAGAGCUCUUGCAGCUUGAUGGAUACACGGUGGACUACACAGACCCACAGCCAGGUUUGGAGGGCGGCAGAGCAUUUUUUAAUGCAGUGAAAGAAGGCGACACGGUGAUUUUUGCAAGCGACGAUGAGCAGGACCGGAUCCUGUGGGUCCAAGCCAUGUACCGAGCCACUGGCCAGUCCCACAAGCCUGUGCCCCCCACUCAAGUUCAAAAGCUUAAUGCUAAAGGAGGAAAUGUGCCCCAGCUAGAUGCCCCAAUCUCUCAAUUUUAUGCAGAUAGAGCUCAAAAGCAUGGCAUGGAUGAAUUUAUCUCUUCCAAUCCCUGUAACUUUGACCACGCUGCACUCUUUGAGAUGCUUCAGCGCCUCACUUUGGACCACAGACUUAACGAUUCCUAUUCUUGUCUGGGCUGGUUCAGUCCCGGCCAGGUAUUUGUGCUAGAUGAGUACUGCGCACGUAACGGAGUCAGAGGCUGUCACAGGCAUCUCUGCUACCUCAGCGACUUGCUUGAGAGAGCAGAAAAUGGAGCGAUGAUUGACCCUACCUUGCUUCACUACAGCUUUGCCUUUUGCGCAUCGCAUGUCCAUGGCAACAGGCCUGAUGGAAUAGGAACUGUAACAGUAGAAGAGAAAGAGCGGUUUGAAGAAAUCAAAGAGAGGCUGCGGUUGUUAUUGGAAAAUCAAAUCACACAUUUUAGGUAUUGCUUUCCAUUCGGCCGACCAGAAGGCGCUUUAAAAGCCACACUAUCACUCCUGGAAAGGGUUUUGAUGAAAGACAUAGUUACUCCAGUCCCUCAAGAGGAGGUAAAGACCGUCAUCCGUAAAUGCUUAGAGCAAGCUGCAUUGACUAACUAUACACGGCUCUCAGAGUAUGCCAAAAUUGAAGGGAAAAAGAGAGAAAUGUAUGAGCAUCCUGUCUUCUGCUUGGCCUCUCAAGUGAUGGAUUUAACCAUUCAAAAUGUAGGUCGGUUAGUCACACCUGCCAAAAAGCUAGAAGAUACAAUUCGCUUGGCGGAAUUGGUAAUUGAAGUCCUACAGCAGAACGAAGAGCACCAUGCAGAGGCCUUUGCUUGGUGGUCAGAUUUAAUGGUUGAGCACGCGGAAACCUUCCUUUCCUUGUUUGCGGUGGACAUGGAUGCUGCGCUAGAGGUCCAGCCCCCUGAUACCUGGGACAGCUUUCCACUCUUUCAACUUCUAAAUGAUUCGCUUCGUAGUGACUAUAAUUUGUGCAAUGGAAAAUACCACAAACAUCUUCAAGACCUGUUUGCCCCACUUGUUGUUAGAUAUGUCGAUCUCAUGGAAUCCUCAAUUGCACAGUCAAUUCACAGGGGAUUUGAGCGGGAGUCAUGGGAGCCAGUAAAGAGUUUAACAAGUAAUCUGCCCAAUGUGAACCUACCAAAUGUGAAUCUCCCCAAAGUUCCAAAUCUACCAGUUAACAUCCCGCUAGGCAUCCCCCAAAUGCCUGCCUUUUCUGCACCGUCAUGGAUGGCUGCUAUAUAUGAUGCUGACAAUGGAUCAGGAACGUCAGAAGAUCUGUUUUGGAAACUGGAUGCCUUACAGACCUUCAUUAGGGAUUUACACUGGCCUGAGGAAGAGUUUGGGAAACACCUAGAACAGCGCUUAAAACUUAUGGCUAGUGAUAUGAUUGAGUCCUGUGUGAAGAGAACCAGGAUUGCGUUUGAAGUAAAGCUGCAAAAAACAAGCCGAUCAACAGAUUUCAGAGUCCCUCAGUCAAUAUGCACCAUGUUUAAUGUUAUGGUUGAUGCCAAAGCUCAAUCAACAAAACUUUGCAGUAUGGAAAUGGGCCAAGAGCACCAGUAUCACUCAAAAAUAGAUGAACUAAUUGAAGAAACCGUCAAGGAAAUGAUAACGCUCCUAGUUGCAAAGUUUGUCACAAUUCUGGAAGGAGUCUUGGCCAAACUAUCCAGAUACGAUGAAGGGACACUGUUUUCUUCUUUCCUGUCAUUUACUGUGAAGGCAGCUUCCAAAUACGUGGAUGUGCCCAAACCAGGGAUGGAUGUCGCUGACGCCUACGUGACCUUCGUGCGCCAUUCUCAGGACAUCCUGCGUGAUAAGGUCAAUGAGGAGAUGUAUAUAGAAAGGUUAUUUGAUCAAUGGUACACCAGCACCAUGAACAUGGUUUGCACCUGGCUGACAGACCGCAUGGACCUCCAGCUCCACAUCUAUCAACUGAAAACCCUUAUCAGGAUAGUAAAGAAAACAUACAGAGAUUUCCGAUUGCAAGGAGUCCUGGAUUCCACCUUGAAUAGCAAAACCUAUGACACAGUGCGAAACCGUCUGACUGUAGAAGAAGCCACAGCCUCCGUAAGCGAAGGUGGAGGGCUUCAAGGAAUCACCAUGAAAGACAGUGAUGAAGAAGAUGAAGAGGACGAUUAACUCUCCAGAUCUAGAAGCCCCCCAACUUGGAUGUAGCCUGGAAACCAGUGCAUGUAAUCUAGUCUGUUAUUCAGUUUAGCCACAUUAGGAAAUUUUCUGUCUGCUCUAAAUGCCCAUGGAAAGUCUACCAAUACAAUUGCCAUUUUAGCUGUGUGGUACUUAAGAUUUAGCACCUCUGUUUCGAUCCAUUGAGUUUCCUGAUUUCAUAUCUAUAUGUUCAUAAGCAAUAUGGAGCACCGUUGUUUAAAACUGUUAAUGGGAAAAAUAACUGCAUAGAAAACAUGCUAGGUGUGUCCCUGUUAUAACUAAAGUAUAAAUGAUGCUUCAUUAAUGUACUAUAUAUACAUUGACGGUAAAUUGUUGUGAAGACAAGUGAAACAGGUACUUUCAUAUAUUUGUUUCUCUCCUGUGGAUGCCGAUUGCUUCGAAACAGAGUGAGGCUACUACAAAUGACACCUCUUUUGUACAUUUGGGGGCGGUGGGGGGGUUAGGAAAUGCAUAAACUGGAAGUUGGAAUUAUUCCCCUUUAAUAGACCCAAGCACUUUCCCUCCAAAUAUAUACAGCUAACUUUGUAGAAGUGGUAUACCAAUGGAAUAAAAUAGUCAUCCAUAUUGCCACAACGGGUUGACCUUCAUCACCUUGUCCACAUGACGAUUCAGAGCAGUUGUUUUAUGUCCGCGUCUUUCCCCCCUCUAAAUGUUACACUUUUGUUCAGAGUUCCGAUAACUGUGUUUGUAAAAAGGACAACUUUAAUUACAAUCUUAGACUAUACAGAUGUGUUUAUAAUAACGAGGAUAAUAAUAAUAACUAAUGAUAAUGAUAAUAAUGACAAUAUACGAAGAUUUCUUUUGGUAGAUUGUAAUCAUAAUUUAAAUCUCCUUUUGUUUUCACAAUGGUUUUUAUAUCUUGUCAUGUACAUUGCAUUUGGACCAGUAACUUGCAUGUCCUUGGGUUCCCCUUCUCCCUUCCGGAAGCUUUUAUUUUCUGUGUAAAAUAGUGGAUCCAUCUUGCUUUUUUGCCUUAUACAAGCCAACAGUUGUAACAGUGUGAGGACUGUGGCUUCUCAAUAAAUAAUUAUUCAGAUGUCCUAAGAAUAAACGCUGGAGUCUUUUUAUGUCUGCCUUAGGAAGAGAAAGCAAAAGAUGAGCUAAUACAAAAAAACCCAACCAAAUGUAAGAG